UCUCCGGCUAUAUAUACUGGAGCAUCUCCUAAAAUAUCAAGUUAAAAUUUUCUUUAUAUUACCACUCUGAAUCCUUUGUUUUCGAAGGCCCCUCUCUAGGAACGAAAAGAAAUGUCGACGGAGUCGUACGAAGAUGCCCUUGAAAGACUAGGAGAACUUUUCAGUGAUAAAUCGGAUCUCGGGAACGUGGCCGUCGCAAAGAUCAAGAAGUUAUUUUGUGAGCUAGAGGAACAUAAAUCCAAUAAGUCAUCAGAUGCCGUAGAACGAAUCAAAUCCGGAUUUAUCCAUUUCAAGACGCACAAAUUUUUGAAGAAACCUUCCUUGUACAAUGCACUUGCCAAGAGCCAGGACCCCAAGUUUCUGGUGUUUGCUUGUUCGGAUUCCCGAGUUAGCCCUGCUCACAUCUUGAACUUCCAACCUGGGGAAGCCUUUGAAAUUAGAAACAUUGCAAACAUGGUUCCACUUUUUGACAAGACACAACACUCGGGUACUGGUGCGGCUAUGGAAUAUCCAAUUACAAAACUCAACGUGGAGAACAUUCUGGUGAUUGGUCACAGCCGUUGUGGUGGAAUAGAGGCACUCAUGUCCAUUGAAGAUGAUGCAGCUCCUAAUAAGAGCAUCUUUAUAGAAGACUGGGUCAAGAUCGGUACAGCGGCGAAGAACAGGAUCAAGCAGGAGUUUGGAGACCUUAGCUUCGAAGAACAGUGCACCCUUUGUGAGAAGGAAGCGGUGAACGUUACUUUGGCGAAUUUGUUGUCUUACCCAUUCGUGAGAGAAAGGGUGGAGAAGGGUAAGCUCGCCUUAAGAGGAGCUCACUAUGAUUUCGUGAAUGGAACGUUUGAACUUUGGGAACUCGACGUCAAGACCACUACUGCGUUUACCUUUUCUUAAGAUAUUACAACUUACCUUUUCUUUGUGUUGCUUCUAAGUGUGUUAUUGUCAUGUACUUGCUUCUGUUUCUUGUUUAUGUUUCUGUGUGAAAAGAAAUGAAUAAGCUAUAAAGAGCAUUUGUUUAGA